UACCAGUCGAUUCAAGCAGCAUGGCGAGCCUUCCGAUGGACGUUCGGCUGGACACCGAGCCGCGAAGAAGGCGGCGCAGCGCCGGACACCCGCCGCGCGGGGCGCUGGCGCGGGCGGCGCUGGCGGUGGCGCUGGCGGGUGCGGGGCUGGCGCUUGUGCCAGGCUUCCGCCACUCCCGGGCCCCGGUUUCGGCGCGGCGAGCAGCCGCGGACCUCUUGGAGAGCAAAGGGCUGGAGGAGAUGAUGACAUACCGGCAGAUGCGCGAGAGGCGGCGCCGGGAAGCCAGCCGCACCUGGAGGAAGGAGAGCGCGGACUGGUCCGAUGAGGAGGACUCUGACUCCGACUUCAUCGCCAACCUGAAGCAUGGCACCAACCUCCUGCUGAACGGGGCCAAGGAGUUCCCACCCUGGAAAGACGUGCGCGCGGAACACGCCGAGCGGGGCCACAAGUGGAUGGAGAAGUUCUCCAUCGAGGAGAUCUGGGCGCAGCACUGCGUGGUGCCCUACGUGGCGAACGACUGGCGCUCGGUCUUGGACCCUUUGGAGCGGAUCGUGGACAAGGCGGACAUGGCCUACGCCGCGGUGAGGCACGUCAAGGACGUGCUGGACCCCUCGGUGAAGUUCCGCCGGGCCCACCGCUUCGCGGCCCAGGCCAGGUGGGCGAUCGAGCGCCGGCUCAGGCGCUGCGACCGCUUCAGCCGGGCAUUCCUGGGGCUUCUGGGCGCGGACGAGAACGCCACGGAGGGCCAGCGCCGCGCCGCGGCGCUGCUCAUGAUCCUCUUCGAGCAGGACGGGGUGAACCUGCAGCACAACGGCAUCUACCGGGACGACCCGGACGCGUUCCUGGAGCUGCAGAAGGUGCGGGGGGCCGUCUUCAACAUUUCCCUGAUCUGGGACCAGAACGUGGACCGGGACAUGGAGAGCCGUGCCUAUCUGAUCCGAAGCCGCGAGGAGUUGGAAGGUUUGCCCCAGUGGGUGCUGGAGGACGCCGCGGCCAUGGCGCGGGCGGCGGGGUACCGGGCCACCGGCGCCGAGGGCCCCUGGCUGAUCUCCACGCACGAGGCCCAGGCGGGGCCCGUGCUGCGCCACGGCAGCGCGGCGCUGCGGGCCGUGGUCUUCGAGAACCAAAGGAGGAUCGGGUUCCUGGGCGGCGCGGGGAAGGGGGACAACACCCCGAUGCUGGAGCAGCUGCUGCAGGUGAGGAGGCGCUUGGCCAACGUGGUGGGCUACACCUCUCACGCGGAGGUGGUCUUCACCAAGACCAUGGCCUCUCCGAAGCAGGCCUACGGGCUCUUGGCGAAGCUGCGGAAGGAGGCGCUGCCGGUGGCGCGCUACGAGCUCCAGGAGCUGAAAGCCUUUGCUGAGGCGCAUGGGGGUGAGCGGGUCGCCUCGACCGCGGACCUGGAGCACUUCGACCUGGACUUCUGGCGGGAGAGGAUGCUGGAAGAGCGGUUGGGCCUCAAGGAGGACUACCUCCGCCAGUUCUUCCCGCUGGACGCGGUGCUCGAAGGCCUCUUCGGGCUGGUCUCGCGGCUCUUCGGCGUCCAGGUGGUCGAGGAGAGCAGCGAGCUCUGCUGGGCCCAAGGCGUCCGCUUCUUCCGCGUCCAAGACGCGGUCGGCGCGCGGGUGGCCUCCUUCUUCCUCGACCCCUUCCGACGCCCAGGGCAGAAGCGGCGGGGCUUUUGGUCCUCCAAGAUCCAGGGCUAUUCGGAGCUCCUGGGGGACCGGCAUGGCCCAAGACGCCCGGCGGUGCACUUCGUCUUCGACCUGCCGGAGGCUCCUGCGCUGCUCACCCACCGCGAGGUGGUCCAGGUCUUCCGCACCUUCGGCUCGGGGCUGCGGGAGCUCUUCUGCCGGCAGAGGGAGGGCUUGGUCGCGGGCAGUCUGGGCCUGGAGGAGGACGUGCUGGAGCUGCCCAGCCACUUCCUGGCGCGCUGGGCCUUCGAGCCGGAGACCUUGGCGGCGUGUUCGCGGCACGUGGAGACGAAGGACCCGCUGCCGCCUGCAGCGCUGCAGGCGCUGGCGGCGAGUCGGACCUUCCACCGGGCCAACGCGCUGCUGAGGCGCUGUGCUUUGGCGCGGAUCGACCUGGAGAUCCACUCGGACUACGACCCCUACAGCGACCUUCAGGUCUUCGACAUUGGGAAGCUGAUUGAGGCCGAGUACUCCGUAGUGCGGCCGAGGACCCAGGACCGUGAGCUCUGCAGCCUGCCCUUCAACACGGAGAAGGCCGGGGUCUUCUACGGGGAUCUCUGGUCAGAGGCUCUGGCUGCGGACGUCUUCCGGACCUUCCAGGACGCGGCCGCUUCGGGCUCUCCCGAUGCGCUGGGCGAAGUGGGGGCGCGGUUCCGGCGGGAGGUGCUGGCGCCGGGGGGCGGCAGGGCGCCCGGCAGCGCGCUGGAGGCCUUCCUGGGCCGUCCGCCGGAGUUCGCCGCGCUGCUGCGGGACCUGCACCUCGUGGAUUCCGAGCUGCGGGAAAAGGCGGACGCCGAGGUCGAGGCCGAGGUGGAGGAGAACCAGAGGGAGGCCAUUUCCUUCGAGGAGGCGUACCCGCAGUUCGAACAGGAUGAGGAUGAGGAUGACUACGCGGAGUUUGAGGAGGAGUGACUUGCGG